ACCCGCCUGGAUCCUGGAGGAUUCCCUCGGAGCCGCAGAGCUGACGGGACGGAGGAGGAGAACUUUUUCUCACAGAAAACAUUUCAACCUGUUGCUUCCUAGUUCACACCUGGAGGAGCAGCAUGGACCUGACUUACCUGUGGCUCCUGGCCACGCCCCUCAUGUUGCUGCAGCACCUGGAAGCUACUGUUAUGAGCCCCAUGGUGGAGGAGGGCCCCAUGGUGGAGGAAGGCCCCCUCGUGCAGCUCCCCCACAUGGCCCACCGGCGGGAGAAGCGCUGCUCCUGUGAGAACCAGAAAGACCAGGAGUGCAUUUUUUUCUGUCACAUCGGCAUUGUCUGGGUCAACACCCCGAGUCACGUGGUUCCUUACGGGUUCGGACCGGUUCGGCUCAGGAGGGAUCUGCGGCGCUGCUUCUGCACCGACACGCAGGACAUCGAGUGUUUCAGCUUCUGCUCCGACCACACACACACAGCGAAACAGAACAUGAUGGACAAACUGAAGAGGUCCAGAGGUGCAUUCUGGAAAAAAAGGAGUCGACAUGCUCUCAAAGAGCAGACCUGAGGAGGAGAAAGAGCACCGGUACCACCAGUACCAUCAGAACUAUCAGUACCAUUACUAGCAUCGCUACCACCAGUACAACUGGAACCCCCAGUACCACAAACAGCACUGAAACCAGUAACACCAGUACCACCAAUACCACUAACACCAGGACCACAGUAACAGCACCACAACCACUAACACCAGGAACACAGUACCAGCACAAACACUAGUACCACUGGUACCACCAGUACCAUCAACACCACAAACACCAGGACCACUGGUACCACCAGUACCACCAACACCACAAA